AUGGAAGAGAUCUUUUCCAGAUUGGGGUUCCCGGAGACCUUAACGACUGAUAAUGGGAGGCAAUUUGUCAGCAGCGAGUUUAAGAGUUUUUGUGAAACCAGCGGCAUUCGGCUAAUGCCUACACCGCCAUACUGGCCGCAGGCCAACGGCGAAGUCGAAAACAUGAACAGGUCUCUGGUGAAACGCCUAAAGAUAGCUCAUGCCAAUAACGACAAUUACAAGAAAGAGAUCCAAAAAUUUGUAUUAAUGUAUAACGUCACUCCACACGGGACCACGGGCGCACCACCAACAGAGCUAAUGUUCAACAGGGUGAUAAGGGACAAAAUUCCUGGCAUACAGGAUCUUGUUGGCGAAACGGCUGAUUCAGAAGAGAAAGACAGGGACGUCUGGAAGAAAGAGAAAGGGAGAGAGUUAGCAGACAGCGCUAGGAAAGCGGGAGCGAUCGAUAUAAAAGUGGGUGACAAAGUUCUCCUUAAAAACGUGGUAUUCCCGCAUAAGCUGACGCCAACAUUCGAUACGACCACAUAUGAAGUAACUAACCGAGAGGGAAAUGUUGUUCAAAUUUCUGGUGGUGGCAAGUCGUACACCAGGAAUUCGGUUGCCGAAACUCUGACGCCACAGGAAACUCCGGCAACAAAGGACCACCAUGACCCGAAGGACAACCUGAAGCUCCGUCUAGAGAAAAAAGAAGGGGGUGUGGAGAUCUGUAUCGGCAGCGGAGAGCGAUGGCAGAGAUGA